AUGAAUGCAAACCUUUUGAAGGAGUUUACGGAGGCUGAGGUGGUGGAUGCUCUUGAAAAUAUUGGUGAUUUAAAGGCUCCUGGUCCGGAUGGAAUGCCAUCCAUUUUUUACAAGAAACAUUGGGAGUUUGUUGGACCUCAUGUGAUAAAGGAAGUUCUUGGGGUGCUUAAUGGUGGCGAGAUCCCAGAAAAUUGGAAUGAUACUUGGGUGACUCUUAUUCCGAAAGUCAAGAAUCCAGAAGCCAUGAAGGACCUAAGACCUAUCAGCCUAUGCAAUGUCGUGUACAAGCUAAUAUCCAAGGUGUUAGCAAAUAGGUUGAAAGAAAUCUUAAACGAAAUUGUUGCCCCCAACCAAAGUGCUUUUGUCCCCGGAAGAUUAAUUACUGAUAACAUCUUGCUCGCCUAUGAGGUCACACAUCAUAUGCAAAAUAAAAGAUCAGGGGCUGUUGGGGUGGCCGCGCUAAAAUUGGAUAUGAGCAAAGCUUAUGAUAGAGUUGAGUGGAGUUUCCUCGAGCAAAUGAUGAGAAGGUUGGGCUUUGAUGAGAGAUGGAUUUCCCUUAUCAUGAAGUGCUGCUCUACGGUGAAAUAUAGGUUCAAGCUUAAUGGUAGCUUGACAAAUGAGGUGAUUCCUAGUCGGGGGCUGCGACAAGGAGACCCCAUAUCACCUUACUUAUUUCUGAUAUGUGGGGAGGCCUUUUCUUGUCUCCUAAAUGCUGCGGAAGUGGAUGGCCGCUUAGAGGGUGUCCAGGUGGCAGAUGACGCGCCUAGUUUCAACCAUCUGCUUUUCGCGGAUGACUCGCUGAUUUUGCUAAAGGUUACUGAAGAGAGUGCACGACACCUUUUGGACAUUCUUGCUCUCUACGAAAGUUGCUCAGGACAAACAGUAAACAUAGAUAAGUCUGGUAUCGUUUUCAGCAAUAAUACGAAGGAGAGGGACAAGAGGAAAAUGAUGGAUACAUUGGGGAUCAUAGCUGAGGCUCAAAGUGAAAAAUAUCUAGGUCUCCCGGUGCAUGUAGGGAAGUCAAAAACAAAAACUUUUGCUUACCUCAAGGACAGAGUUUGGAGGAAAAUUUCUGGAUGGAUGGAGAAAUGGCUUUCGAAGACUGGAAAAGAGGGUUGGAGGCUGCUUACGGACCCUAAUUCGUUGUGUGCAAGAGUCUUGAAGGCCAAAUAUUUCCCUAGCACAAAUGUGUUGCAUGCCGAACCAAAGGAGGGGAUGUCGUAUACUUGGCGGAGUAUCUUAAAAGGAAUUGAGUUGUUAAAAGAAGGGGUCAUCAAGCGAGUGGGUGAUGGCAACUCUAUCGACGUGUGGAAUGAUCCUUGGAUCAUGCGGGAGGCUAGUCCUUUCGCUAUCACAAGAAGGGGAAACAUCUUGAUUGACCAUGUCUCUGAGCUGUUAGAUCCAGUUAGUGGUUCGUGGGAUGAAGAGCUAGUUUCUGAAUGUCUCUGGCCAGCCGAUGCUAUUCAUGUGCUGAAGAUCCCAGUGCGGCACGGUUUUGAGGAUUUCUGGGCAUGGCGGCUUGAUAACAAAGGGCAAUUCUCUGUGCGAUCUGCAUAUAAGCUGCACCGGCUACUGUUGGAACCGAAGGGAAACUCCUCAAACAUUGUCCCCUUUGGGGUUGAAGAGCAGCUUAAUUGGCAGGACAUCUGGUCCUGCCCAUGCCCACCAAAUGUACGCCAAUUUCUUUGGAGGUUAGCACAUGACAGUCUGCCACAUAGGUGUAAUAUUGCAAGGAGGGGAGUUGUUCUAGAUCCAUUGUGCCAGGUGUGUCAUCGGCUGAAUGAAGAUGGUGCCCACGUGUUCCUGAGAUGUAAGGGAGUGAGACAAGUGUGGAGAAGGUUGGCUCUGGAGAAUGUCAGGGAAAAGUUGUUGCUUUGUGAUGGACCGAAGGAUAUGACGAAUUCAAUUUUGAAGCUAGAACAAAGAGACAAGAUUCGUUGUGUUGCAAUGCUUUGGGAAUGGUGGAAGCAUAGAAACAAGAUAAAUGCAGAGGGGGCUAUGCUGAAUGUUGAUGAGGUGGUUUUCAGCGCUGGGAGAGGUGCUCUUGAAUAUGAGCAGUUUUGUGUGAGCUCUGUCCAGAAACAAGCCCAGGUGCUGAUCAGUUGGAAGCCACCUGAUGGGGAGGCGCUAAAGGUGAACAUUGAUGGCAGCUUUUUUGCUACAACACAUUUGGGUGGAUGGGGCUAUGUGAUAAGAGACUCAAGAGCUCAGGUUCUUGGCGCGGCGGCCGGAAGAAUUGAUAAGGCGUACGAUGCGUUACAUACUGAAGCUGUUGCCUGUUUGGUGGCUCUCGAGGGAGUAGCUGACUGGGGAAUUGAAGAUAUCCAUGUUGAAACUGAUUCUCAGGUUCUAGUGCAAGCAAUCAAAGGUGAUGACUAUGACUGUUCAGUCAAUGGUGUGCUUUUUAGGAAGAUUAAAUCUGUUGCUUUGUUGAGAUUUAGCUCUUUUUCUAUCUCGUUCUGCCCACGGGCAUGUAAUUCAGUUGCAAACGCUCUUGCGAUGCAUGGUGCUAAGCUAGUUCAUGUGCCCCAAGCUGUAUGGCCGGGUCAUGCUCCUAGUUUUGUGCAAAGGCUUGUAGCCAGCGACGCCGCUGUGCUUUCUGGAUAA